GGAACAAGAAAGGAAGAAAAGGAAAGAAGGUAGAACCACAAUUGUCCAUUGAGAUAAUGGAGGAGAAUGUUAGGCAACCAGAAAGCACACUGAGAGAAGAAAGAAGAAAGAUUGAGGAAUUCCGAAAACUACAAGAAGUGCAAGAAGAAAAAUAAAGAAUCAUGGAUGAAUUAAGGCAAAGAUUUCAUUAUGAGGAAGCAGGCAGUGAGCUUGCAUCCAUCCUUCAAUCUAUUGUGAUCUACCUCGUUUCCCUUGAAAAGAAGAUUGACCGUAACACUGCUUCGUUAGAGACAGUGACCACACUCCUAAAGGGAAAGGAUAAGGUAGGACCUCAGGAGGAGACGGAGGGGGAGGUAGUGAAGAAGGAACCCCAUGACAAGUUAGUGAAAAACGUCAUGAAGAGAGUCACGUCGGAAAAGUUUGAUAGUUCUAAGAAAGAACCUGAGAGACCGGCUGAAAAGGAGGAACCCACCAAAAAGGAAGAACCGGUCAAAGAGGCAGAGAAGCCGAAAAAGAAAGAAAAAGUCAAGAUGAAAUUGUCGUUCAUGUACAACAACAAAAAAGACGAGAAUCUGUUGUUGUGGAUUGGGGAAAUACAGACUUACUGCGGAACCGCGCCCGUUGAGCCGGAAAGUCAGGUCGCUUUCUCCACAUCUUGUCUCGGAGGAGUGGUCAAGGAAUGGGUGCUGGCCGAAGCCAAUGCCGUCGGUUUUGAGGAUAUCGAGGAAGACUCUUUUCCCGCCCAUCGUCUAGAGCACCCUAAUAUUGUUCUUUGCUCUGUCUCACUGGACGAUUCCAUUGACGAGCUCGACAAUGAACUUAUAGCACUACGAAGUUCGUGGGCGAAGAAAGCCAAGUCUAAGGGUGAACUGAUGAUCACGGAUAUUGAGGUUACGCACACGCGAGCAGGUGCUUUGUUAGAUCCAGGAUCGACGCGGUCUUAUAUCUCAGAGAAGGCAAUUCGAAAAUUGCAUUUGGGAAUGAAGGUGAAAUACUUACCUCGACCUAUCAUGUUUGUGCCGGCUGACAAAAGCACGAUCACUGUCUCUCAAUACGUCGAUCGUGUUAAAUGUUAUUUCAGGAUCAAGGAAGGUAAGAAGAUUUUACAUGAGGUAUCCUUCCUAGUAGAAAAGAACCUACCGUUUGAUAUGAUUUUGGGAAUGGAUUGGCACGAGGAAGCCGACCCAGAGUUACCCAACCUUUCGUUCGAUGAUAGUAAAGAAGAAGUUGGAUCGAAAGGUGAUGAUGGUGCUUGUCAAGAGAGUCGGGGACAGACUUAUGUACCGACUCAUGUCCAAUAUGCUUGGAUGUGCCAAAGGAAGGAGAUGUACUACGCCGGCUUCCAUGUCUGCAUUUCUUUCACAAAGAGUGUAUCGACGAAUGGCUAGGUCGUCAACCUCUUUGUCCAGUUUGCAAAGUCCACAUUGGAAGCCACUAAGGUGUAUCUCUCCUGUCCUCUGGACCUUUGAGUACAGGGAAGCAGAACAUGAGAGAGAGAGAGAGAGAGAGAGAGAGAGAGAGAGAGAGAGAGAGGAACAUUCCACCCAUCUAGGAUGGAUCAGGAGCUAUCGUCCUCGGCAGACCUGUGAGGUCAAGGGCUUCCUAGGCAGUGUGCAGGUGUCAUAUGCCAAUUAUGCGGGGAAUGCUGGCUAUUUAACAUGCCAUGAUGUCUCCAUGGGAAGCAACUGUUAUAAAAGUGUUGUAAUCGCAUCAUGCGGAGCUGUUGCUAGGGGGCAAGGGGCACAGGAGGGGGGGGGGGGGGGGGGGGGGGGGGGCAUCUCCCUCGAGAGAGAGAGAGAGAGAGAGAGAGAGAGAGAGAGAGAGAGAGAGAGAGAGAGAGAGAGAGAGAGAGAGAGAGAGAGAGGAUGACUCCCAUCUGUGAUAUAUCAGGAGCUAUUGUCCUCAGCAGCCCUGUGAGGUCAGGGCUUCCAGAGCAGUGUGCACAUGUCAUUUGCCAAGUGUGGGGGGCGGAGGGGCAGGGAACACACACACACACACACACACACACACACACACACACACACACAUAACACACACACACACACACACAUACACACACAGAGAGAGAGAGAGAGAGAGAGAGAGAGAGAGAGAGAGAGAGAGCUUUAGGAUGACUCCUCCGAUCUGUGAUGUAUCAGGAGCUAUUGUCCUCAGCAGCCCUAUGAGGUCAGGGCUUCCCGAACAGCGUGCAGAUGUCAUCUGCCAAUGAUACCGUUAAUGCCAGUUAGUUACAUGUCAGGAUGUCUUCGAAAGCAAGUGUAAUACCAGUGUAAUCGCAUCAUCCUGAGCUUUUGCCACGUCGUUACGAAUGGAGCAUGGGGAUGGGAAGGAGAAGCUAAUGGUUGGUGGAAAUAUAAGCCCGAAAGAUGGCAGUAUGGGGCUGGGAGAAAGGAGGGGAAACGGGCGGCAUGCUCCAGUGGCUGUUAAUCAGGAAGAUUGGUGGCUAACUUUCGACUUCACACAAGAGGGCAUUGGUUGUAUCAAGGGGGGGAAGCGGUAAUCUCAAUUGUGUGAGAGCUGCUGUCCUCCUUUUAUUUGUUCUUUUUUUUUCCAUUUUGUCUUGUCUUGUACCGACCUUUCGUUGUCCAGAAAUACUACAGAAUGGUGUUUGGAUAUGCUUUUGUGAAACCAUGAGAAACUCAUGCAAUCGGUUGCUUCAGCUCGUAUGCAACAUAUAGCUGUUUUGUUUGUGUGAAUGAAGACUGGUAUGGUUUACCUUGGCAUAACAAUCAUCAUCAGGUCAUGCGAAGGGGGACAAAGGUAGUGUGGCGGUCGAGAUUGUGUCUUGUCCAGCUAUCAUUGCGCAGUCCAGGAAGAUGGAAAUGAUACAUUGUCAUUGUAUGCACUAGA